AUGUCAAAAAUUUCCUGUUAUGACUUAACAUUCUUGAACAAAACCAGAAAUCUUCCAGAACGUAAUGUAAUAAAUGUUAGUUCUGCUCCCAAUAUGAAACUGCAAGUUGAAGUUAUGAAUUUGGAAGAGAAUCCUAUGUACAUAAGUAUGCUGGUAUCUUAUCAGUGUCUUCAAAUUCAUUUCCCAAUGACAUUUUUAAACGAAGAGAAGAGCGUUUUCAAAAACCUCGCUGGGGACUGA